CAAACCUGUUCGAGGAGCUCUAUUUAAACCUUCUCUCAUUCUCGUCCUCACUUUUACCCUUGACUUUGCUGUUUAAAAUUCACACAUCAUGCCGCGUUUACAAAUGAUCUCAGCGGUACUGCAAACCGUUUUCCUUAUAGCGUGCGGCCUUGUCAUCUCACACAAUCUUUACCUAUCCGUAGAAGGCAAAUUCACCAGCAAUGAUCUCUACAAGAAUUGGACAGAAGCCGUGGAGCUUGCUGCAAAGAACCACAAUAGAAGCAAUCAGACUACGCUAGCCAUCGGGCCAGGAGCGGUGGUGAUCUCCAAUGAUACCGCAUUCAAUGCUACAUCAACAAGCACCUCCAGCUCGAACAGCAAUGAGUCUUUCUACUUGAAAUCCUUGCCCAGGGAUCUUUUAGUGUAUACUAUAAUCACUAUUAUGGCAUACUAUUGGCAAAUUUGGCUCGAGCGAACUUUUCCCGCUCGACCACGACCAUCCGUGAAGGUUGUUAGCGAGAAAUUCGGGGACGACGAGAGCAGAGAAGAGGAAGUCGUAAAAAAAUGGAUUGCUCAAGGUAAAAUUCGCCGUGCGUCUUUGAGUUGGUGGAAUACCUUCGUCAAGUGGGCACUGGAUAUGGUUGUGGGUGGGCUGUGGAUGACGACAGUCUAUAUCCUGCUAGGAGGUCUACUGAAGAUGGACACAAGUCCAAAGGCGCUAUUCAAGGGGCUGAAAUGGGUAAGACUCUCGAUCCCCUCAGAAAAGUAUAAUCAAGGCUAAUGUCGCAAAAGAAUGUGCUGCUGACUUGGGGAGCUUCGCUAUUCGGCUCCAGACCGUUAGCAUCGCUGGUCGCAUUCAUCAUCGUUCCAGCUCAAAAG